AACAACAACAACCACAAACGCAGCAACAGAAAAAUGGAGCAUUGGAACAACUUCUAUUACGAUUCCAGGUACAGGUCCAGUGUUCCGACCAUGUACAACCAGCCUCGCCACGUUCCAACUACCCUAACAACGGCCACCAAAACAGUCGCAACAUCAACAGCAACUCUAGCAACCGCAACUGCAACAAAGGCAGAACAACAACAACAACAACAUUCACCCCUCAACAAUGCACCAGUUUGUUUUGACGACCAAAUCAUCUCAAUGAACAACUUCAAUGAUGCGCACGGCAAGUCAUCUGGAGCAUAUAAUGCAAAUAGAAAUACGUUUUACGAAGCUCCUGUGUUCACUAACAAUACUUCAAAAUUUAACAUGAUGGACAAAAACAAAGAUCACAACGACAGUUUCAGAAACAACUCCCGCAUCAACGACCCCUACAACAAUCCAUUCCAGAGCAAUUAUAAUUACUAUAUUGGCAACAACCAGUUCCAUUACGGCUGCAACAAGCUACACCGCUACUUCAGUUACGACAACUUCAACAGCCACCAGCUUCCUUUCAACAAUUUCAUGAUCAACGGUGAUGUUGGAGGAAACUUUUCAUCUUCGAGCCAAGUCAACAACUACAAUAACCACAUGUUUCUGAAUUUCAACAAAACAAUGAACGACGCCGACAGCUUCAAUGAACUUAGGAAUUGCUUUAACACUGACCCAUUUGAAGUGGAAAACGAGAAACUGAGUUUUAGUAAUGAUAUAAAACAGAAAAACUUCAACAACAACCAAUUUGCGCACUCAGCGACGAACAACUCAUUUCCCAGAAGACAUGCAAUGAGCACAAACUUAACAAACCUUACAAACAUAAACCAGCAUUUCAACGUGGAUAACUGCAUUGAACCUCAGACCCCGAGAAACGACAGCCAUGAAGGGGAGACAUAUUUCAUGAAACAAAAAAUGAUUUCUGACAAAUACGUGAACAGAGAGUUAAAUAGGAAAAAUAAAGAAAGCAGUAACACGAAUGCGGAUAGCAAGGAAGAGUCAUCUCGGAGAGUCAAAAAGCGGCCAGUGCCGGAGGAGUUGAAGAACGAAAGUUACAGAGCGAAGCGACUGAAAAAUAAUCUGGCAGCCAAGAAAUCCAGGGACAACAAAAGAAAAAAAGACGAAGAAAACGAGAAAAUGUUGAAAAAAUUGUUGGAAGAGAAAGAAAAAUCUUUGUGGAAGCAGAAUGUGACCAGAUCGAAGCAUGUCAAGAAGUGGAUGGUGGUAAACAUUGGUGGUCAAAAAUGGAAGAUAGUGGACAGUGCUCAUGGAUCUUCCUCUCGUGCACGGUUAAUCACCAGAUGUUUUACCUCAAAGGAUAAAGACCUACUCAUCAAAGCCUUCUGCACAUACAUAUACAGAGAAGAUUUACAAAGUUUAUCCCGUCUCUACAUCAUCUCCCAUACCUGUCUCGACUGCACGCAGUUGGAAUGCAUACUUUGGAACGUCGGAGACCUGAAUAGUAAUUUCAUUCCAGCACUGUACUUAUCAACUCGGGAACAUCAAAGUAAAAUGCUCAAUCUUAGUGACUUAUGGAAUGCCCUGCCAGCAGAUGUCGUCUCUUCAACUUCAUGUACUGUCUUCAAAAAUCAACUGCUCUCUGUUGAUUUUUACAAAUUUUUAACUAUUAAAUAA